CUUCACAUUCACCGUUCCCUCUAUAAAUGGCAUUUUCAUGAGAUUCCGGCAUGCAAAAUGUCUUGUUAAUCAUUACACGCUGGUUUCACCUUGAAGUGCAUGUGUGUAUAAAGGCGGCACACACCCCAGCAGAGGUUAAGAGAGCACAACACACUCAUAUCUCACUCACUCAGACGCUGACUCGGACUUGGAACAGACUUCCUGGCUUUCACUCGCUCGUCUUCCUGGGAUAUGAACACCUUCGUCAUCACCUGCCUCCUCUGCUUAGUACUUUUGAGUGUUCUGGGCACCCAAGAAUCCGAGGCGUCGUCCUCGGGUGAGCUCGGCAGCGUGACGUUAGGAUCGGCCUCGGGGGAGGGCCUCCAAGUCGUGCGGGGCAAUGUCGAAUACGACGACGUGGACGUCGAAGCGCUCGCAAGUGAAUUUCUGCGCGAUGACAGGAAAAAGAGAAAAGGCAAAGGCAAGAAGAAGAACAAGCAGAAGAUCAAGAGCACCACCGCGUUCAACCCCGAGCACACUUUGUCCACUCAAGGCCAGACGUCCACCUUGUGGACCACUGAAGACCCCUGCACCUCUACCCACUUGGAGUACUGCAUCCAUGGCUUCUGCCAGCGUAUGGAAGGUCUGCAGGAACCCGUUUGCAUCUGCAACAAGGGCUACGACGGCGAGCGCUGCGAGACCCAAGCGUUGGGGACCAAAUCAGAGCGGGCCGGCGACACCAAUUGGGUCCAGAUGGGCUUGGUCAUCACCGCCAUGGUUCUGUCCAUUGUCAGCUGCGCCGCAGUCAUGCUUAUGGCUUGCGCUCAUUACAGAUCGCAAAAGAACUUUCUGGCAUCCUACUUGGGAAGUUGGUCGGAGCAGCAGAAGCUCCAGAAACCGUCCGGCAAUGUCGUGGUGUGACGGCGAGCAGCCUGACACCUCCCGACAACCAGACACAGAAGAUUGAAUUAACGCUUCAUCAUCUGUCAGUUUAGCAAUUAAUUUAUGAUUGUGAUUAUUUAUCUGUUCGCGUAUUGGCAUGUUGAGUUAUUAUUAUUAUUGUUAUUAUUAUUAUUAUUACAAGUGUCAUUUUAUGCGAAUGUUGAACAUUCAGUUGACAAACAGCAUUCUUUUAUUUAUUGCACUGCUCUUAGGUCAGCGACACUGUCAUUAUCUCUCUUGUAAGGAACAAAAGAGAUGACAUUUCAACAAUAAAACGUCUCAGUGUU